AUGCGGGCCGACUUGUCCUCCAAUAGCUCACUUGCGUUCCAUGAGCCUGCAAGCAGCCAGGACCUCGGGUUAGAGCCUGACAUCAACUUAAGUAUUGCUCGAAAGGAUAUUUCAACCGUUUCCGAAGUUUUAACAUCCCUUCCCCCUCAACCCACUUGCGACAUGUUACUUUCUCAAUACUUCAAUUCUCGAUAUAUGGUCUUGGGGGUUGUGCAUUAUGGAAAGUUUCGUAUGGAAUAUGAGAAUUUCUGGAAACAUCCCCAAAACACUUCACUCGGAUGGCUUGCCCUCCUCUUUGCCAUACUGAGCAUGUCGACGAUCCUGCACAGCAACACCAAAGCCCGAAUCGCACCCAAUCAACAACAGAUGGUCUCCACGAAAGCAUUCCAGCAGAUGACAGCCCAAUGCCUCGUCUUGGGCGAAUACGCAACCGCGAAAGAACAUGCGUUGGAAGCUUUACUUCUGUACCUUCAAAGCCGAUUCAUAACGCAAACAGGCUGCAAUGCGCGAUUGUGGCUGGAGCUCGGAACUCUCAUUCGACUCGCUUUUCGAAUGGCCUACCAUCGUGACCCCAGUGAGAUGGCCGAUAUGCCCCAAUUUGAGGGUGAAAUGCGCCGUCGUGUCUGGCUACAUGUGUUUCAGAUUGACGCCCUGGCUUCUUUCCACAUGGGUCUUCCGAGCAUGAUUCCAACUGAAUAUUGUGACUCGCAAGUUCCAAGGAAUUUAUACGAUACAGAUCUGUAUGUGGGCAUGGAGAGCUUACCUCCUUCGCGUCCACACACAGAAGGCACCCCGAUACUCUAUGGGAUCGUCAAGGCUGGCGUCAUGGCCGUCUUCAAGAAGAUUGUCGCUCACACGCAAUCUCUGGCUUCUCCCGGAUAUGACGAAACACUUGCUCUAGAUCGUGAAAUGAAGGAAACGUACGGGAGAACUCCAGAUGUCCUAUGCCGAAGAGAUGUCUGCCAAUCGUUCAUGGACUCAUCCGACAUCAUUUUGGAGCGCUGUACCAUCGAACUACUAUUUCUGAAGGGCAUAGUGGUACUUCAUCGACGCUACAUUCGACACGAACCCCAGAAUCCAGCGUUCGAACUCUCACGCCGUUUCUGUUUAGAAGCAGCUCUCGAAAUUCUUACCCGCCAAGCAGAUAUACACCAAGCAACCCUCCCCGGUGGGCGCCUGCAUGAGGAUCGGUGGAUGGUCACUUCUCUGACCGUGCAGGAUUUUCUCCUGGCAGCUAUGGUGGUUUGUCUUGAUCUUUCUGUGAGGAUUGAGUCUCGCCAAGAAGAAGUUGAUCAGAGCUUUCCGUCUAGAAAGCUACGCGCACUUCAAGUUUCGCAGCAGAUAUGGGCUGAAAAUGGGAGCUAUCCCCCUCAAUCACGCCUAGCGUCUCUAGCCCUAGAGUGGAUGAUCCAAAAAGUGAACAAGGUGAAGGUGAAUACCGCUACUGAAAGUCCUCACAUCCCAGAUACAGACACGCAUUUCUUUUCUGGGAUCGAGUUGCCAUAUAUAGAGGCUAUGUCUGAUAUGAUUGAUGGCACGGAAGCCCUAGAUUGGUCCUUGAUAGACCAGUUCUUGCAGAGUCCGGGAGCGAACUCGACUCGAGAACUUUAG